AUGACAUGUGGAGCGUCGUUAUCACGCAACACGCCCUGCUUGAGGGCAAUCGAUGCCUCACCCCUGGCCCCUGUCCUCCGGCAGCUCUUCUUUCUCAAAGCUUUCUGCUUCCCCUCUUCGGCCAGCCCUUCUUCUUGCACUGCGGAAUGCCACUCUGCUCAUGCGCAAUUUGCGCGGUUCGGUGCAUUCUGUGCUGUCUGCACGGAGACUAUGCUUCUCGGUGCUGGGAAUGGCGUUUUGCCCUCCGCAUUUCUUGACUGCAAACUUCUUCAAGAGACCGCUAGUGCCAGCGAGGGCGCUUUCCAGGCUAUACGGGCGGCCCAAGCUGCCACUCAAAGGCUUGGACAUCACUGGCCCCUUAUGCCGGCAGAACAGGCCUAUGGUCUCCCCGCGUCGGACGAUGACUUUGACGCCGAGUCGUCUGGGCUGGCUGAUGAAGUGCUGACUGAGGUCAUUUUCGUGCUCUUGGCCCCUGAUUACAGGCCAGAAACCAUCCGGAUCACGCUUCUUAUCCCGCAGGGGCUUGGGGAUGCCCUGGAUUUAGUCGAAACGUGCCGUUGUGGAGACUUGCGCGAGGCUUUUCCUCUGAUGGCGCCUGCGUGGCCUCAGCCCGAUCCCAGACGGGGGGUGCUUAUCCUGUGCCCCGCUUGGCUCGCGGAUGAGGUCGUGAUUUGUGUUGACCUCACCAUGCAUGAUGGCCGACUCUUUGCGAUUCGUGCCCCCUCUCGCCUUGGAAGGCACGAUCUUCUGGCCAUUUCCGGCCUGGCUUCUCUUGCAGACAUCGAUGUGUAUGUUCCGGGUACGCUUCGACCUUUGAACGAUGCUGAUAUCAUCUUUCUUGCCACGGGUCAUUGUGUACGAUACCUGCCUCGGGGUGCGGAGCCUCCCCUGGGCUAUUCUCUUGAGGGUAUGCUGUGUUCUCAUCUUCCAUGGGCUACCGACCCGCCCUUCCCAGUUGAUGAGGAUGUUGCCUGCUAUUGUGUGGUUGCUGAAGAAGGUGUCCGCAACUUCCGUCUGCAUCCCUCCCGAGCUGUGCGUAUCGUGCUGAUGUUGCCGCUCUCUUCCAAAUCGAUCCUUUUCAGGUUAAUGCUGCUUGCUUUGGGCGACACAGUCAAGCUGUCGUUGCCAUUGGCCAGGCCCCUUUUACGGGGCUGGCGGCGCUUCUCCGUCCGUGAUGGAUGGGUUGACCUUUUUGGGUUGCUGGACCGAUUCAGCUGGCUUGCCCCACCGGGUUGGUCCGUCGGAGUGUCGGGUUGCCUUCUGGGUCAACAAUGGCUCUGGAUCUCAAGCGGCCAAGUUCUGGAGCUUUGCCUUACGCAUGAUCCGGGUCCUUCCCCCGCCGGUGACGAGGAGGAGACAGAGGCAGUCACCACGCACCAGUCUCUGGUGCUUGUCUGCGGCAUUUCCCGCGCCCUUCUUGCCAACAUGACGUAUCAUGGGCUCUGUAUGUCCUUCUGCAUGGUGGCGCUAUUGGAUGCCACUUCUUGGGGUUUUGCUGAAGCUGUCCAGUUACCCCAGAUCUGCGAGCACAACGCUGUAGGGCUCAUGGGGCAGGUUGCGGCCUCCCGUCUCUCCCCGCGCAUUUUCGACGAGGCAGAUGAAGAUUGGUUUGAGGCUUUCUUCCUCGCUGCCACGCUUGCUGAGGCUCUCUUUGAGCACUUCGGCAUGCCCCAGCACUAUGCUCGAAGACGUGAGGUGCCUACCACUCUUGCGCUCAGCUCUCUCAUCGGGGAGCCCAGGUUUUUGAUCUUGAAGCGCGUCAGUGCAUGCGCUGUUGGCCGAGCGCCCGCCCCAGAUGAGCUCGUCGUUAUCACUACGGAUGGCUCAUUUGAUCCGUGCACCCGGCAUGCUGGCUGGGGUGUGGUGAUCAGUCUUGCUUCUAGCAAUGACCUAUUACUUCCAGGGCAGUUCAUUGGAUGUUGCGGCUCUUUUCUGGGGGCUGUUCUUGCCCUGCGUUUGCCUGGUUUCCUGCACGGGGUGUUCCGGGCUGAUAACAUUGGUGCCCUACAGGGUGCCGAGGGCACCGUUCGUAUGCAAGAUCAUCCUCUUUGCCAUGCGGCUGCUGCCCUGCAUACAGCGCUGCGCCUGCUGCAGACUUCCCCCACUUAUCAGCAUGUCCCUGGCCACUCGGCUGACCCGGCCAAUGAGCUUGCCGAUGCGUUGGCGGGUCAGGCUUCGAAGGGGGUUGGUCUUGGUGCCUCCCUUGCCUUCAACGACCUGCGGUCUUGGUUUGCUGAUGAUGGUGCUGCCUUCGCGUGGCUGCCGCGUGCAUGCUUUGCGCGUCAAGCGCCGCGCGCAGUGCCAGACCUGCAUGGUGGACUCAUGGCUUGGAGUCGCCAUACAGCCACUGCCAGUAUGACCCCCUCGGACACCCUCUCUCCCUUUCUCAGGGCGUUCGAUACGGCGGGUCGAGGGCCCUCUGUUAGUGCUGCCCCUGCCGUGGUUAUCAACAUUGUCUCUUUCAACCUGCUCUCGCUGUUGGAUCCGGGCGGUCCUGCUCAUGUUGCCGGUCUGCAUGGGGCAUCUGGGCGUGUGUCGCUUGUAAGUUCCUCCCUUGCGGGCCUUGAGGCUCUUGCACUCCCUGAGAAUCGUGCGGUUGUUGAAAGCAUCAUCUCCUCUGCGCCAUGCCCCGAUUGGACUGUUGAUGCCAGUGAACAUGUUGCCCUGCUGACCGAUCACCUGUACCGUCAGCUAGUGGCUGCAUUCCCGAAGGAGCGCAGGCGUAUGCGCAUUCACUGCGCAACAGAAGUGCUGCGUAUCGUUGUGCCAUGCUUCGCUGUGCCCUUGCUGCUUGGCGUGUUGGUUCACAGCCUUUCCAUGCCUUUUUCACUGGGCGGUGGCUUUGGCGCCUUCAAAUCCGGCGUGCGUUGGAUUGUGUCCUCCUUCGUCGCUACGGAGUAUGUUGAGGCCUCGCCAUCCGCAGACUUGCACCAGGCUGUCCGGCAGAUAAUGCGUCCAAAGAAGUAUCGGGGAAAGGGAGCGGCCCCUCUCCCUAUGCUUAAGAAGGCGGAUGGGACUGUGUGUACCUCUGCUGACGAGAUCGCAACGGUGUGGCGCGAGCAUUUUCGCGUACUUGAGGCUGGGCAGGAGACGGAUGCAGAGACUCUCGCACAAACUUGUCGUCAGAGACAGCUCGCCUUCGAAGGAUCCGACAUCGUGGAUGCAGCUGCUAUCCCGACGUGGUCUCGAUUGCAGGCCGCUUUCAAGGCUACGGCCCCGCACAAGGCAUGUGGUCCGGAUCUUCUUCUUCCGAUUCUCUGCUCGCUUUUCAGUCAGAAGCUGACUGAGGCUUUUUGGCCUGUUAUGCUUAAAGCAGUUCUCAGGUCCAAUGAAGCAGUCGGUCUAAAAGGUGGCAUACUCCACCGAAUCGCGAAGCCGUCGGCAGUCGAGAACACAACGGCAGGCUAUCGUGGCAUCCUUGUGCAAUCUUGUUUGUCGAAGGUUCUUCACCGCGCGGCUCGGCACUUAGCGGUGGAGCACUGGCAGCAACAUGCUCUUCCACUACAGAUUGGUGGGAAGAAGGGGUGUCCCGCGGCAUUUGGGCAUUUUUGUUCGCGCGCAUUUUUGGCGGUGAUGCGAGCGCUAGGCAGGUCGGCGGCUGUGUUGUUUGUUGACAUUGCGGCUGCUUAUUACGGCGUCGUUCGCGAAGCCGUGCUAGGCGCGAGUGCACAUUCACAGCCUCUCGAUGCUCUCGUUGCCUCCCUGGGCCUUACUGACGCUGACAUGCAGCUCCUCCAGCACUACAUAGAGCACGCUCCGGUCCUUAGGCAGCAAGGAGCUUGUGCGUUGCUGCAAGAAGUUGCGGAGGAGUUGCAUCGCAACACGUGGUUCGUCAUGGCCGGUGAUAGCUGCGUCAUCGAAACGUGCCGGGGCACGCGGCCUGGCGGGUCCUUGGCGGAUAUUAUUUUUAAUAUCCUCUUCAGCAAAGUGUUGAGUCGACGAUGCUCUUCUACUCUUGGUCCUUUUGUACCUCGUGUUCCUUGGAGUGGCUGCCGCUCCCCGUGGACCAAACCUGGGUCCCUGGAUCGUGCCCCGCUUGUGGUUGAAGCCAGUGACGUGGUAUAUGCCGAUGAUCUGGCUAGCUUUCUUGUCUGUGACAGGGCAGAUGAAAUCACUGAGGCUGUGUCAGGCGUGGCGGCGGACACCAUUGACACCUUCCUUCCGCAUGGCCUCAAUGCCAACAUGGGGCCGACAAAGACGGCAGCUAUCGUGGUCCCUGUGGGCAGAGGAUCACGUGCGGUCCGCCGUGCACUUUUCAGCCAAGGCAAAGGCAGGCUUGUGAUCCUGCCGGAAACCAGGGGUGGUCUCCGACUUGACAUUGAAUGGGACCUGUUUUCCGGGGAAAUCAUGAGUUUGUACCGGCAGCUCUUGCUCUUCUUCACUUGGAACCACGGGCCCGAUGCUGCAUGGGCUUUAUUGGCUCAGUACGAAGAAUACAAACGAGCCCUGCGGGGUGCUGCUCAGUGGCUUCUUGCCGCUGUUGGGUCUACCUGUGGCCUUGGUGAUAUCGAAACCAAUUGGCAGGCCUGGGAGGCCCUUGUCCGGGACUCCUCCCAUUCGUGGAAGACCCUGCUUAAGAGGGCAGACUCAUGGCACCGCAUGCGGACCUCGCAGAUUUCUGUUCUCGAUGGGUUUGCUCGUGCCUCCUGGCCUGAGCGCGUUGGCUCACGGCCUACCCCGGUUGAGAACUGCGUGCACGCUUGCCUGCCAUGCCGCAUUGCUUUCACUUCACGCCAGCAGUGGGGAGCUCAUGCCCAUAGAGCUCAUGGGUAUCACUCCCGCGCCCACUUAGUGGCUAGCGGACGCACUUGCCAGGCGUGUGGACAGGUUGCUUCUGAACGCAAACUGCGUACGCACCUGCGUUUGGGUCUUGCUUGUGUGCAGCGCAUUGAGCAACUGAGUGCUUGUGGCCCUGUUCAUGCGGACGCUUCCAAGACUCAUGAGUUGGCUCCUGCAAUUGCUGGCGCUGGCAAGCGAUCCCUUGGGGCGCCUGCUACGGAGCUCUGUGCCCCCCUUCUCGCUGAUUUGUCUGUCUGGCAACCGCCGUGUUGUGAUCGUGACGAGGCCAUUUUCGCGGUCGUUCGCCGGCAUAUGGUGCCCCUGCCUGUCCUGCGAAGCACGUUGUUAGCCUGGCGUUCUACACUUGCGGAUGGGCCAGUUAAGCAAGCCUGUGACGAUGUUUUGCUGGUUCUCCACCCUGAGCAUCUAUGCGACUCUGUGGCAGGGGCUACUCUCUCUGAGGAGCCUGAUGACGUUUAUGUCCCUGCUGUGGUUGUCCCACGUCGCUGGCCUGCUCCGGACUUUUCUCCUUUGCUCUGCGUGGGUGUGCCCUCCUCUGACUGGGCUCGGGCCGCAUCUGUCGAUGGCCUUCCAGUUGCUGGUGUCACCUUGGACGAGCUCCCUGCCUGGAGCUGCGCAGCUGUCUCGGGAGCCUGCGUCUCCUUCCCCUCUCCUCCUCUUGAGGCCCUUCCUGUCUUUAGUCCGUCGCCUUGCACUUUGCGUGCGAUCCGCUCGCUUUGCUCCUGGACUAAAACCAUGCUGGAUGCGCUUUCGGUGCUCCUGCAGUUGGCGGGGCGUGGGCUUCCGGUUCUGGCCCGCUUUCCGGUCUCCCGCCAUGACAUGAUGCCGCUGUCUGCUCGGCUGGAGACUGCAACAGGAGCUGAAGAGGGGCGAGGAGCCGCUGCAUUUUGUUUCACCAUUGAAUUCAAUUGUGUUUGUUUGCAUUAG